GCAUAAGUAGAUGAUGUACGUGUAGCCAGGCGGAUCAGUACAAGCACUCAAGUACAGUAGCAUCCAACUAACGCUUGUAUUGGUGAAACUGGAUUCAGGAAAACUGAAUUCGUGAAGUUGAAUUCAUGUUUUUUUCGGAAUGAUGCUUUCGAAUCUUCCUCCCAUAUGCCCUACUAUACUGUCGAGAAUCCGUUUUCUAACAUCGAUCUUUCACAAAUCAUGUUCUACAACCUAUUUCCACAAUCCAUCUUCGAAAAUUCAUCUUCGAAAAUGCUCUCGGGGAGGUUAUAUUAAGUAUAAACAUGCUUAUCGCUUCGAUUCUAUCCGUCUGGUAUGUGGACCCCCCUAUAGUUCUACUAAGACCAUAAUACAUCCAUCCUAUCUUCCCCAGUUGAGGCUUAGAAACAGACUUCGAGAUAACUGUCACAUCUUCCCCUUCUUCUUCUUCCAAGACGUCUUCUUUCCGAAAAGAAUCUCUUUAAUUUUAUUGAUGAUGGCGUUGUCGACCGAGUCAAUUAUUGCGAUUGUGUCCGUACUCAUCAUGUGUAUCUUAGCAGGUAUCAAGUACCUCCCGAGGUUGAUUCGUCAAUGUAACGCCCAACUACUACGAGGAAACCCAAGCAACCCUUCCAAUCACUUCGUUAGAUCAUCUGCACUCGAAUCUGGGGCAGUCUUUGCUACCAGGCGUGUAAGAGUCGACGAAACAUUCAUGCUUUGGUCACCUUAUACGUCAGGUCCUUCCCGGAACUCUCCCUAUCAGGGAUCAGAACUCGAAGUCUUCCACGCGUAGGCCUCUCUUGGUUGAGCAUUGAACACAAGAAUCGAGGCAGAUAUCCGCACCCCGGUCCGAUCUGUCCUGCAAUAGACGUUGGGUAUUGGAAGAUACCAAUCCACUAAAUAAGCAUAU